CAGAGUUGGAGCCAUGACCCCGCAGUUCUGGGCCUCCUGUCUUUUCUCACUGUGCCUGGUUGGCUUCGCUCAGCUGAUCCCAAAGGAGCAAAAGAUGAAGAUGGAUUGCUACAAGGGGGUGACAGGCACCAUCUAUGAGUAUGGAGCCCUCACCCUCAAUGGCGAGGAGUACAUCCCGUUCAAGCAGUACGCAGGCAAACACGUCCUCUUUGUCAACGUGGCCACCUAUUGAGGCUUGACAGCUCAGUAUCCUGAACUGAAUGCACUACAAGAGGAGCUGAAGCCUUUUGGUGUAGUUGUGUUGGGCUUUCCCUGCAACCAAUUUGGAAAACAAGAACCAGCAAAGAACUCAGAGAUUCUUUUGGGGCUCAAAUAUGUGCGUCCAGGUGGUGGCUUUGUUCCCAAUUUUCAGCUCUUUGAGAAAGGGGAUGUAAAUGGAGAAAAAGAACAGAAGGUCUUUACCUUCCUGAAGAACUCCUGCCCUCCAACCUCUGAUCUUUUGGGCUCAUCAAACCAACUCUUCUGGGAGCCCAUGAAGGUCCAUGACAUUCGCUGGAACUUUGAGAAGUUCCUGGUGGGGCCUGAUGGAGUCCCUGUUAUGCGCUGGUACCACCGGGCUUCAGUCAGCACAGUCAAGUCAGAUAUCAUGGAGUACCUGAAGCAGUUCAAAAGCGAAUAGGAAAGGCCAGAGACCAUCAGGAAGUUGCCUCCCACCUGAAGAACACAUUUAAGGAUCCAUAUUUGUUCCAGAUGCCUACUCAGCCUCCACAUGAUCAAGCCAUCUUGUACUGCCCAAAUACCUAUGUGUGUGUGCAUAUGUGUGUGUGUGUGUGUGUGUGUGAGUGAGAGAGAGAGACAGAGGAUUAAAGGAAAGAAAACCUAUCUCCCAACCCUCUGAUCCCAAAGCAUCUAGUUUUCCCCACUCUAUUCCCAAGGAUAAUUAUAGGUGUACGGUUCAGACUACCCAUGUCCCUAAAAGGGGAGUCCCAGAAGUCCUCUCAUUUCCCCAUCCUGAAGGUUUAAAGAAAGCAGAAACUGGCAGCAAGACUCUCAAGAGCUCCUUAAUAGCCUCUUCUCUCCUCCAAGAUAGGCAGGCAUUUUUGUUAAACUCUUUCUUUCUCCAAUUAGUUUUCCUUUAGUCCCCUGACACCCUGUAGUCUUCUUAUAGGAUCUCUGAAGGCAGAGUGAAAGCAGAAACCUCACUUCACCUGAAAGGAGGGGCAUCUCUAUGAUGGUGGAUCUCAAAGCCCCUGUGGGUCAGACCCUACCAGAGCCUUCCUUGGUGCCUGUCCCUUAGUGCAUUCAGGUCAUGGCACCAAGGCGGGGAUGUUCCUUCAUUCUGAACGAUGGGUUUCUCAUCACCUUGAAACUCAUUCUAAUCACUGCCUCAAAUUAAAAAACAAAAACAAAAAUUCUGCA